UUUUUGUCUAUGAUCAUCCUGUCUUCUAAUUCCAAUUGCGUAUCUUGUUACAUAACGAAGGUUUAAAUGUUUAAAAUUAUUUUUGAACUCAGAUAAGUGUUGGCGUAAGUAGGACUAAAAGGUUAUGCUAUCUAGAGAUAACGGAAAGAAAUUAAAUACUCGGUGAUAAUGGAAGCAAUUUUCAGUUAGAACCGGGAUAGCCUGCGUUCUGCCUCAGGUCGGUUGGAAAAUGAAAUUGACAUUACCUCGACCAUGGAUGAGAGAGAUGUUCGGAGAGAUUGUUGGAACAUUUUUGGUUGUUUUCAUAGGCAACUGCUCGGUCGCCCAGUCCGUGCUGAGCGGGACGUCUGCUGGGACGUUCAUGUCCAUAAACAUAACUUACGCGCUCGCGGUGUCCAUCGCCAUCCUCGUGGCCGGGGGACUGUCAGGUGCGCACGUGAACCCAGCGGUGACCGUGGCGCUGGCCGUCCUCUUGAAGUUCCCCAGAGGCAAGGUGGCACACUACCUCCUGGCGCAGUACCUCGGGGGAUUCAUCGCUGCGCCGUGCACAUAUCUCAUGUACCAUGACGCGCUGGCAAACUUUGACGGAGGGAACCGCACUGUGGUUGGUGAGCACGCAACUGCAGGAAUAUGGGCGACGUACCCACAGGACUUCCUGUCCCUCCAGGGAGCCUUCCUGGAUCAGGUGCUGGGGACCGGCGUGCUGAUGCUGGUGGUGUGUGCGGUCGGCGACCAGAAGAACAUGCAGGUCCACCGCAGCCUGCACGCCCUCUACGUCGGCCUGACGGUGCUGGCGCUGGGCGCCGGCCUCGGCUACAACUGCGGCUACCCGCUGAACCCGGCCCGCGACCUCUCCCCGCGGCUCUUCCUGGUGAUGGCGGGCUGGGGCAGCGAGGCCUUCGUGUACAAGAACUACUGGUGGGUGCCGAUUGUGGGGCCUCACGUGGGGGCCAUCCUGGGCUGUGGGCUCUACAGCCUGUUCGAAGCACAGUUCCUGGAGACAGAACACACAUUCGAGCAUGAACUGACUGAAGCGAGUGAAGGAAAAAAAUUGAAUGUUCCUGCGCAUGAGUAGUGCUCAUUGAACAAGAAAGUAGAAACCUGCUUGUUGAUGCCUGGGUAGUGAUGAUUUUCGUAGUCUGGCUUGCCAAUUGUUCCUGUAAGAGAGUUGUGACUUUAUGUAGCUUUAGUUGUUUUGUACCUUUAUCAGAGGUAGAGUAUUAUUUAUUAUACCUGAACCUGGCAAAAUUUUCUUCAACCUUUUAAAAAGAUAUUUGGGUUCAAUUAAUUUUCUAAAUUGUAAUUGCUAGGUAUCAGAACAUACCUAUGUACUGGAGUACAAAAUAUUUAACCUCCUUUAGUGCAGUGUUAUUAACUAGUCCAUGUUUCUGCAUAGUAUUUUUGUAGUUGAAAAGUUGUGAAUUCAUGGUGGCUUACGAAAACCUAACCCAUUGGUUUAACAUGACAUAGUCACGAGGCUGAGUUUGCACAACCAUAUUGACUUAUUGAGUGAACCAAGUAUUUUUGGAUCAAGUACAAUUUCAUAGGAGUUCAAAAAUUAAAAUUGUUAAUAUUUUAAUUUUUUAAAUGUAGAAACACUUUUACAAUUGUAUUUUAGGAUUGUUUUAAACCAAUAUUCUUCAUAGAAGUUCAAAAAUUAAAAUUGUUAAUAUUAUUAAUUUUUUAAAAGUAAAAAAAAAUUACAAUGGUAUUUUAGGAUCGUUUUAACAAAUAUUAAAAAAAUUGUCAAUUAUUUUUAUGAAGCCAAGUUUCAUUUUCAACAUAAAUUAUAAAACACUAAUUAUAGUGUUAUCUUCAUUGACCAAUCUUCUUUAUUUUGUUGAUAGUACAUUUUCUGUAGCUUAAUCAAACAAGUAUGUACACUGUGACCACUGUGAAAUAUUUUUAUCUCCUAAUUGUAAAUGUUAAUUUUUUUCCCACCAUUUGGCAGCACUUAUCUGGUUUCACGUUCACCUUUACAUUAUACGAGGCUAAAUUUAAAGUGAUUGAGUAAGGAAUGAAUUAACCUGAUCUAGGUUUGAAACAUAAGUAAACUACUGUGGUUAGAAUUUCAAAUGGGUAAAGUUAACUUGUACUUUUGCCUAAACAAAGUUAAACGGCAGCUGAUUACAAUCGCUGAUUACGAUUCUCCAUGCCUCACCUAAACACAUACGUACUAUAUUUAAUGAUUAUGAACCAGUAUGUGGAAUUUUUUUAUUUAAUUACUAUCCGAGGAACUUGUACGCUACCAUAUAAAACAGUGAUGUCAAACAGUAUUUUAGCAAUACAUAUACAACUAUUUUGUUCAUUGAUAACUGAAAUAUUUAUUUUUAAUUCUUUACUAGCUUUAAAUUUCAAUUAUUACAUUAUUAAAAUUAUUGUGCAAAAUAAAUAUUUCAAUUAAAGAUACAUUACGAAAUUUUAUGACAUUGCUGCUAAAUGUGUGCCUUGGCAAAGCAAACAUGAAACCCUAGCUUUACAAAAUAAAGAUAUUGCAGCAUCAGUUCCAAACCUAUAUUAUUGUUCACAUUAGACAUAAGUUCUGUUAAGUUUGGCAUUCUAACACACCCAACUUUGUUAAAAAAUGAUUAAGACAAAAGAAUUUUACUCUAUUUCAUAUCUAUUUACUUAUUACAGUUAAAUUACAUUGCAAACUUGUUAUUAUUUACUUUUUUUCAUACCACCAACUGAUACAUACUAUGUCAGUCUAUGUGGAAUACAACGUAGUAGUAUGUCCCAGUGAUGAGUAUCAUCCAAAGUUGCUGUAUAUAGUCACAUCAGCAAAUUUUGGAGUUUAAUGGGAAAAAAUUGUGUUGGUACUACGUAGCUUCUGUCUGCUGUAAUCUCUACUAUCAUUGUUGUUUACCAUGUCUUAUAUAGCUAAAUGAGAGUUCAUGAACACCAUUAUAGUAAGUUUUAGUAAGCCUAUAAUGGUAUGUGCGCUUGACUGUUACAUGCCAUGCCAUUGCCAUAAAUAUAGUUUUAACGUAGUGCUGUAGGCUCAUGGUUUUUUUUAUGCAGUAAAUUAAAAAAGUAUAUAGUUGUCUUUGGUUGUUCUAGAACACACAUUAUUUCCACUGUUGUAGACCUGUAUUUCGUACUGGCGUCAUGUGUGUUUGUGCCUACGCAUGCUAGUAUUGAGCAGUGAAAGCUAUAGUAACUGUGUUGGGGGGGAGAGAUAAAUUUACAGUCACAUUUAGUUACCAAACUGUGUUAUUAUUUUUCCUGCUUGGUUGUUCCUGUAAUGUCUUGAAAGUGGUAUGUAUUAUAAUAAGUUUAUAAAACCAUUAUAUAUUUUUAACAAUCAUUAAGUAAACCAAAGAAAUACAGUCGGGUGUUUAUUGAUAUGAAGUGCAAUGAAAUAUUGAUAUUCAUCCCAUGUUCUCAGUAAAUUAAUUGUUUCAAAUUUUUGUGUAGUAAAGUUGUUUCAAUUUUUCAGUCUGGCAAUGUUGGUUAUGUGGUUUUGAUGGAAAUGAUAACAUCAUCACUUGUAUAUUUUGCAGGAAAUACAUUUAUGUUAAAUUCUGCAUGCUAUGUGUGUAAAGUGUGGUGUGGAAUGUAUGUUUAUUGUAAUAUUUUUAAUAGGGAUGGGUCGAUUCGAUUCUCCGAUUCCUCGAUACCACCGAUUAUUAAAAAAUUUGGGUACUCAGUAUCGGGUACUAAAAAAGGGCAAGGUAGGUUAGGAAUCGGUUAAGUUAAGAAAAUACAGUAGUAAUAUAUUUUCGUCUGAACUUUACUUACUUAUUUUAAUAUAUCUUACCUGCCGUAUGCGCAUAAAAUUCCUAAUAAUGCUCAUUAUUAUUAAAUAUUAAUUUUAUACGAAUAAAAAUAAAUAAAAACAAUGUUACCGGGCAUGUUUAACCUCUAAUUAAAACUCCACGAUCGAAGAACAUUAUUCCUCACUCAUGUAUUAGACGUAAAUAAAUUGUAAAAAGAGUUAUUAAUUUUAUUUGCAGUUAAGAAAAGUCCAUUGUUUAUUGUGAAGAAAGUGACGGUUAUGAAACGAGAUCACAUCACGUGUCGUCACCAGUUUAGUUGUGAGCCAUUCAAGGAUGAUGGCCUCCACAAAAUCUCUGGUGGCCAUAAAAUAUAAAGUCAAGUCGAAACGUAUUGAUUCGUUGCAUACGGGACAAAUUGUAUAAUGAAAGCAACAAUCGAUAAUAAAGAAUUCUCUGGCCAUACCGCCAACAGAGGCUCGUGUUUAUUUCUUGCAAAGGAAAACCGUAAUAAUUACUAGAAAAACACUUGAAAAUAGUUUUAGCAAAACAAUAUUUGUGCCAAAUAAAUAUUGUUUUGCUAAAACUAUUUUAAAGUGUUUUGCUAGUUUGUUAGUAAAAAAAUGUUCGCCGACUGUCGUUUCAAAUUACGAUGCGAAUGUUCUGAUAUUGUAUUAACAUGUCUAAAGUUUGGGAACAUUUUCGCAUCAAUAGUGAAAAUGACAAAUAUGCAAUUUGUAAUAAUGGUAGUGCGCAAAUUUCACGGAGCGGUACUUAUAAAUCUACAACCAAUUUAAUGAAGCAUUUGAAAUCCCGGCACACAUUACUACCAGAAAAAAUAGUCUUUGAAGAAAAACAAACUUUUGUUUACAGCACUGUCACCAACUAAGUCAAAAGGUACCACAGAAAAAAGUAGUGCUACCUUUGAACCCAUUUUGAACAAAGAUGUUAUGUUAUCGGCGUUAUCGCCUGUUAAAGAACCUUGUCUAAAUGUUGAACUUCUUUGUGCACAGCCUAGUACUUACUAGCAAACAAACUUUAUGUGAAAAUGCUUCUUCACUGGUAAUUUAAAAAAAAAAAAAAAAAAAAACCUCAACAUUUAAUCCUAAGUCUAUAAUUAUCCUUUAUACAUGUUAUUAUCAUUAUGUAAUGCAUUCAAUUCUUAAGUAGUUUUAAUUAUGUGACCAGAAUUACCAGGAAUCGAAAACUGGAAUGACUCGGAAUCGAGAAUCGAAAUUUAGGAAUCGGUACUGGUAUCGGAAUCGAUAAAAAUGUGUACUCAACCCAUCCCUAAUUUUUAAUAUGUCAUUUUGCAAGCUAGAUAGAUUAGACAAAAAAUUUGCCAAAAAAUUUGAAGUGACAGAGUUAAAACAGUAAAAUUUCAGAGCAGUUGGCUGGAGCGAGGGUGUAUGAACCUGAAAUUUACCAUUCGAUAUGCCACUAACUCUCAUUAUUUUAAGUAAAAGUUUCCAAUGCAAUGGGGAUGAGAAACUAUCUGUGCUUCUGUCCAGGUAUUGCAUUUGUCAAUAAAUGCACAGAGUUAAAGAAUAGCUAGAUAAAUAACUGUCUUAAGGAGUUUUGUUUUCUGAUUGAGAUUCACAAAAUUAAUAUUUAUUUAAAAAAAAAAAGUAAAUAAAAUUAAAACAAAAUGCCAGGUAAUUCAGUAAUUUGAAAAACAUUUAAUUUUUCUCUGUAAUAGAACAGUGUCACAGAUAAUUUUCUGCUGCUUAAUCUUUCAGUAGUUUACGCUAACCGAAACCAUUUUGAAACAGCCUUUGAAAUAAUCACUGUCUAGCUAUAACCUAACAUGUUCAUGCUUUGGUAUACGCCUUAUUAGGUUGGUAGCUAACUAAGUAAAUGGUUUUGUCUUAAAAUUAUAUAAGAGUUCCUAUUUUAAAAAUUCAUGGCUGUUAAAAUUUGUUUAUUUAUUCUAAUUUAUCAACAAUUUUAUCUAUGCAAAGUUAACUACACAAAUAUAAGCCAAAUGUAGAAAUUCAAAACAUAAUAAAUAUAUUACUAUACAGUCUGGAAAUAAUAAAUCUUAAUGAAAUACAAUUAUAAUUACAAAUAAUUUGAAAAUGCCUACAUUUGAAUAAAAUUUAUAUUGAUGGUUUUUUUUUAAUUUAUUAUAUUUCUAACUAUGAAAUUAUUUAGCCUUGUUUGAGGAGAAUGACAAUGUUAUAUAGACGUGUGACAGGAGGAUACUGAAAGUAGAUCUUAUGUCGAACUUCGUAAAUGUUGAUUUCAGCUUACAGCCAGCCAUACUGUUUUGUGAAUACAUUCAGUAAUGAGUCUUUUAUUUUACAUCAAGAUUCUGCUGCGAUCACUGUAUUUUGGGUUUGUCCUGUGAUGCAAAAUCUUCCUCGUAGUGUUUCAAUACAAGAUUAAUUUCCAAGGACAGAUUGGCGAUAGAUGAGAUCAUGCAGGUUCACUUAUUGAGGCAUGUAGUUUCUAUACUGUCAUUAACAUAUGCUAACUGUCUAUGUGUUAUGUUUAGUGUGAAAAUAAGCAAUCUUGUCAUUUGUGAAAUAUAGUGGAACUCCCACAGAGAAUGAAGGAAAAAGCGGUAAUGUAAUGUCUCAGCAGAACACUAUUCUAAUUUUCAUGAUGAGGCAAGGAGCAGAGGUUUAGUGUCCGGACAGGCGAUCUUGCUGAGCUGAGCAUGUGAAUGCGAAAACGAGAGUAUAUUGUGGCACUGUGGUGCCAAUUAUUAGUUUUUCCUUGCAAUUUCCAAAACUUUCAAAGUAAACAACAUAACAGAAUUGCACCUGGCAAACUAGGCUUCCAUUAAAUGUGUGCAUGUUUAACUACCUCAGAAGUGCUAUGUUUAUGAUGGUGUGUACAUUAAGAUAUUGUUGUCAUUAUAGAAUUUUCAUAUUCUAUAGAUUAUUAAGGCACCAAGAAAUAUAUAAGGACUUAAAGGUUACACAUUAAGUUUAUGAUUAUUUUUAAAUAUUCAUUUUGAAUUAAUUAUAUUUUUAAUAAAUUUCUGUAAUUAGCAAGAAGUUUUUUAAUCUGCAGAAGUGAUGAUAUUUGUUCGAUUAUUUAUUCAGGUAUUUGUUAUUACGAACAAAGUAAACCAUCCAAAACCUAGAAAGUAGAAAGUUGUAUUUGUUUUCUUGGAGAAAAACAUUGUUUUGACUAUUAUCUACUAGUUACUGAUUAUUAUAAUUAAAUUAAGAAUUUAAAGUCAUAUUGUCUUUGCCUUAUUAUAAUAUAAGUCAUAGACUAUUAUGAAAUUUAAUAAGAUUUAAAUUUUCACAGUUUAUAGUUUGUACCCUAUUUUUCUGUAACAUAAUGUAGUGUGUUGUAAAUUUUAUAUUUGUAACACAAUUAAUUGGAAUGUAGUGUAUAUUCAUAUUUUUUUGAAAUUUUGACAUUAAAUAAAAUACAAUGGGUUUUAACUUUUAUUUUACAGUAUACACAUCUGUCAUUGUCAUGAGCUGUGUGUAUGAAUAUAGUAUUGAAAAAGUUAUGGAAGUACAGAGUUUUGAUAAUAUAUCUAAGUAUGUAUUAAUAUUUGCAGAACUUAGACAUAUGUUUAAUAUGAGCUUUUAGGUCCAAUCUAGUCUAAAACCUCAUCUUUGAAUUUGUGCGUUUACCAAGAACAGUCAUCUAUUAGCAAAUAUUUUUUGUAUUGUAAUUAUUUAUUAUUACUUUAAUUAGUAUUUAACUGUAAAAGACUGAUAUGUUAAAAAGACUCUUUCUCAAAAUUUAUUUUUACAUUAAAUUUUAAAUUGAUAUCUUUUGUUAGUUGUAAAUACAAUUAUUUUCCAAAUAAUACUGGGGUUCCAUCUGUAAUAACUUCAGUUGUUGAGGGACAUUGUAAAACCCUUAUUAAGAAGUAUGUAUUAUUUCGAAUGUAUUUUAAUGUACACAUAAUUUGACCUGUGUAAUAAUCCUAAAUUUUUAAGUCUAUUAAGGUGCUUAUGAUCAUUGUGUUACUAUGCAUAUAAGUACCUAAACAAGUAUGCUGCAAGUUCUAUAGUAUGAUUGAAAACCCUGGGGUUCCGCGGAACACCUUUUGGGAACCGUUGGCCUAAUGUAUUUGUAUAGUGCAGAUGUCCUGCACAGACCACAUUCGUCAUGCAUAUACAUGUAGGUACUGUACUCAUUGGAAACAUUUUGUGUGCACUAUGCAACCAUAAUUGCUAUAACAGCUUGUCUUUCUGAGUGGAAAUCGCAGUAUUCUAAUUGUGUUCAAAAAUACCUCUGAUAGUUCAAACAGUAGCUGAACUUGAGUAGUUUUAGUCAUUCUGACAGUUUCAAGUUGUACAAAAUAGAGUUCUUGUUUCAAACCAUGGUGGUAAUUUCUUCUAAAAUAAUAGUAAAAAUAAAUAACACUAAGAGGAAAUCACAGACCAAACAGAUGCCUUGAUUUCAUUAGUCAAUGCCAUGAGAUUAGGUGCACUUAUUUUCAUUGUCUGACAAUAUGAAAAACUUGUGAUGACAGCAACAGUAACUAUAGUCUUACCUUAAACUCAUUCUCUUCAUCAAAUAAAUUUUGAUGAAUCAGAAAAUCUCAGUGGCAUAGACAAAAUUAAUGUCACUAAAAAAAUCUGUUGUAAGUUUUUUUAAUAUGUUCUUGAAAAAUUAUGUUAAAAAAUGGGAUUUUGUAUUUUUGUUUGUUGCUCAAUGAAAUAUAUAAAUAUAUAUUA